UGACGGAGUUCUGAUAAGCAGGACCGUUUCGACAAGCGUUGAAGACUGUUUAGAAAAUGUACCGUGACGGGGCGAUAGUUUAUUUAUUAUUUAUUUGUUUAGUGAACACACUGGAUUCCCACGUUUCGGCGAAAAUACAUUCAAUGAUUCUCACCGAUGACGUCAGUGAUUUUUCACGGGGUACAACGGCUGUUUCGCCAUUUUCUGACACACCUAUACCAACAAACAUUCCUGCGACGUCGAAUAAACAGGAGCCAGACCAUCAGCAUGAGAAAUCAUUAUUUCGUAAAGAAUACGAAACAUCAGCUUCUAACGGAAAAAAGGAAAAGCGAAAUGCUGAUAAGGAUGAUAGCGUCGGUGUGCCGAGGGGAAAGCAAAAGAAAGCGAAAGAGUUGGGGCGUUUGUUGCUGAAUAACGACUCGACUAGAAAAUACGAGGACAUUCACGACGAUUAUUUCGACGACGAUGACGACGAUUACUUCAAAGGCGCGAAUGUUAAGAAGAUGAACUGGGAGGACUAUCAAAACGAGGAUGGACCGAGUGUCAUGGAGCUGAUUGCUUUGGACGCGAGACACAAGAAACACAGCGUUCAUUGUCUGCGCACUGUCAAACAUUGCCAAUAAAGUGUCACCGCGUGGUGAAACAUCGAGGAGCAUAUCGAUAGCGACUGCACAGAACGCACGUGCCCUUGGUGAUGCAAUUCAUAAAUUAAAGUAACGCGUGGUCUCCGUGAAAUACAGUUUGUUUGGACAAUUGCAGCGAGCGGAUUGCACAGUUGCACGCGGUUGUUUUUCCCGUCGAAAUGAGGAAAAAAGGAAUCGUUUCGUUGUCAACUCGUGUCCCACAGUCAUUGUAAAAAAAAAAAAAGAAACCGACGAUAAAACGCGAAGCUUCGGUUCCUGUUUAAUCGUCGAUUAAUCAGUGAACUCCGUCGUCAGAUGCGACCAAUUGGACUGCGCGGCUCGCAGGGAAGAAACCUGUUUUAUUUUCGGACGAGUUUGGAGGGCUGGGCUUCUCGUCUAUUUCGAGAAGGCCGCUACUGCUGGUAUUGUGUCUCUAAAGACGCGGAUACUUUGCAGCUUUCACGUAGAAUUUUUCAAAGCGAACGUUUCUCCGUCGUUAUGCUUGUUCAGUCGUGCCAUGGACGCCGACGUUCGUAAACACUGCUUUUCGUAAAUAAUUUUAUGUUGAUGAGGUUUCAGAUAAUGGACUUCUUUAUUAUGUCAAAGUUUUAGUUACUGGUGUCUUUGUUUCGUUUUAAAUAUAUUAGAUUCGUCAAUAAACACCAGAAGUAUUAUUGACAACGUUUUCAGUUUGAUGAAAAUGAUUAGAAUAGGGAAUUAGGUAUGUAAUAGGUGUAACUCGACUUGGUUAACUCGCAGCUUAAUAUGUGUGCGGAGUUAGAGUCGAUACUGAAACGGGGUUGCGUGCGUGAUUAUGCAAUAAGCAAAUAGGAAAUGAUCGACUUCCUUCGCGGAAGCGUUAAAUUUUUCUUUGGGACGUUGAUAGUAUCGAAACGGUGCGCUAAUGUUUAUUGUCUGGCCACAAGUGCCAUGGGUUAUUUGUCGUAUGAAUAAUGAAAAAGGGUAACGCCAUUCGUAGCGCGCAGAUAAUUCAUUUAUAAUUAUCACGUUGGCGACGAUCGUUUACUUCGCUUCUUCAGGAGCAGAAGAAUUUAUUUUAUUUAUUUAUUUGGGUCGAUUCAAACGAGACAAAUUUGCAUGUUAAUUAAAGUAGAUUAGUUUGACUUAUACUGCGCGUACCACCGAAUUUCUGGAAAAUGCAAGUUCGCGACGUAUCAGAUUUCAUUGCGCAGCCCCCUCCGAUCGGUCGUCGCGAAAGUAUCUAUGCGAUCGGAUUAGAGCGUGUCUCUUUAUGUCUAAAUAUAUACCGGGUGUCAGGGUUGAAUGGCCUAGGAUUUCCGGUCUUCAUCGUACGGAGCUUUGGUUUUCCGUUUUUUUUUCCCUCUACUUUCAGCACAAGCACUCGCGUCUCUUCGUCCCUCGGCGAUGUCCGCCCCUUUCUCCAACUUUUUCCACGCCGCUCACGCUUUUUUCCACACGAAACCCAAUAGCCUUGCAUCCUCUAGGACACUUCAGGACUAUUUCCUGCGUGUCGGACAAGCCGGAUGAGAAACCGCAAAUGUAAAACCCCGUAUUCCAGUGAUACGACAAAUAAGCGAUACAUGUUCGUAUAAAAUGUACAGGUAAUAGAGAACAGAGAAAAAUAGUGGAGGGGAAGUACAAAGCGUUUGUUGAAAUUAUAAAGGCGCUUGAAGAAUUUUAUUUUUAAUUGAAACCUAGAAGUUGUGAAAGCUGUUGCGCGUAUUUGAAAUCGUAUUAAAGGGACACCCUGUUCUUAAGCAAUAAGGGUGCUGAUUCACCCUUUCAAGGCGUGCAACUUGACGUUCCUUAAGGGCGCACCUCAUUGAGUAUGCAACUUCGCAGCGACGAGCCCUAGAUAUAUAUCUAUAAAUUAUGCGAGGAGGGGCCAGACGCGGGCAAAUUCUUAUUAAGUGGAAAAUAAUAAAUAAUAUUUUUGAAAAAUCUAAAUUUGAAUAAGAUGCUUCAAAAAAUUAAAAAAAAAAAAAAAAAAAAAAAA